AUGACUUCCGCUCACCCCGCCUCAGUCGUCAACAACGAGACGCGCUGGACGGACUACUCAACGCCGCCGUCUCAGCGCAACGGCGGCGAGAAGGACGUGUACGCCGACUUGGUCGAUAUAUACGGUCAAGUCGUCCAGCGCUGUUUGGAGGUCAAGGACGGCCUAGAGCAGACCUGCGCGCUCGAGAGCAACGGCACUCGCGCACUCCCGAGUCAAAAAGUGAACACGGCGAUGCCGGAUGGUGUGCAUCAGCUGACGAUCGAGUCCGACGGCAUGUUCAACUGGGACAGCACUGUUGUUGCCGAGGAGUACAAGCUCUUGAAGGGCGCGCAGCGGUCGGCCGUGGACGAGGAUGAUGACGAUGUAGGAGCCGGCUCGGACGUCAAGGGCGACGAAGAAGACAGCGACGCAUACCAGGACGAUGAUGAAGACUCCGAAUGGGUGAUCGGUCUCCCCGACCCCGAGAACCAGACGGUCGCAGAUCUUCUACUCGACAACUCCAAGAAGGUCAUCUGGAGCAUGCACCAUACCAUGCGUACCGAUGCUCGCCGGCGCUUUACCUUUGGCAUCACCUUUGCAGACACCAAAGUUCGCCUUUGGCAUUUCAACCGCGCCGUCAUCGUCGCGAGCAAUUCUUUUCAUCUCAACACGGAUGCCAAGCUCCUCAUCGACGUGUACUCUCGGCUCGCGUUCGCCACUCGCGAAGAGCUUGGCUACGAUCUCUCGAUGAAGCGACUCUCCUCCGAUCCAGACCCUUCCCCCGAUCGUACGAAUGGCAAGCGCUGGAAGAAUCAGUACCGCAUCAUGGUCUGCGGCGAGUCCUACAUCACCGUCAAGACCCUUGCCAAUCAGGGUGCUGAGAAUGGGUUUGGGAGCUGCACGCGCCAUCAGGAAAAGCGGCCCGGGGGCUGAAGCGGACUCAGCCGGACUCAAGCGGGCUCAAGCGUCUCAAACGCUCAAGAGCCCCAAAAGUUAUUGCCCGAAAUCAAACGUUCUCAAGACGCUUGACUCGCCCUUGAACCCGCUUGAGCCCGCUUGAGUCGGUUUGAGUUUAGCCAAGCAUCAUGAAUCCACUUCAAAUUCAAUUCUUCUCAAU